AUGGCAGAAGUCGAAGAACCUCAAUUUACGUCGCUGUCGGCUCGUAUUGCAGCUCUCAACCAGCAAGGCGUUGGCCAAAAGCCAGGCGGGGUUACUUUGGGGAAAAGACCUCCUCCACCACUUCCUCCUGCUGCUGGCGGUCGACCUUCGCUGUCCUCGAGGACACAAACUGUUAACAAUCCCCCCAUUGCGAGUUAUGGCUCUUCGGUCACAAAACAAGCGAACAAUCUGCCAACAGAUGCAAGAGGAAACUCACUUCUACCUCCCCCUCCUGUCGACAGAGACCAGCCUUCAAAGAGUGGCAAGACACCGCCACUGCCUGCGCGAAGAGGGCCUCCUCCUCUGCCAAAUCGAAAAGAUUCACAGGCCUCGCCUGCUCUUCCUGCGAGAAAGGCAUCUACACAAUUGUCGACAGAUACACAAGUGGCACGAAGGGGCUCAAAUGCGUCAACUAUGUCGUACAGUUCUACCAUCUCAGGCUUAUCGCUUGGCCAGACCACGUCAAGCAUUUCGUCCGUAGAUUCAAACAGGAGGAUGGCACCUCCUCUGGAUAUGGCUAACCUGCCACCACUCCCCCCAACCCGGCGUGAACUCGAGCAGCGCAAGGUAGAAGAGAAGCACAGAGCAGAUGAGCAGCGAAGAGUUGAGGAGCAACACCGUCCCAAAGUACCUUUAGUCUCAGUCAAGUCGGCGCCCAAUAUUCCUCUGCGUGGUCCCCCGCCUGUUGAUCGUGAUAUGGUGCCCAAAAUGCCACCCAGACCAAAUGGAGCGCCGAAAAUGCCACCAAGAAAUGUUUCGUCCCAGGAAUUACCACCGCCAGGUCCUCAGCGAAGGCUCCCCCCAACAGUCGCGACGAGAUCACCAUUGACCAUGGGAUUUGGUAACAAAGCCAGCGCCGAAGCUUCGACUCCUGGACCCAGGCCAUCACCUAAUCAGAACCGUCUCAAUGGCCCUCCUGUGGUCGAGCUGACCGAUCGAAAUUUUGAAAAUAUCGUCAUGUCAGGUAAACCAUCCUAUGUCGACUUCUACCUACCGAAAUGCAGUGCUUGUGUUGACUUGAAACCUACUUGGGAGGAUAUUGGCCGAAGGUUCGCGUAUGCUUCUGACCGAGUAACUAUUGCAAGGAUGGACACCCAGGCUUAUCGGGCUUUCAACACUCGAUUCGAUCUUCAGGAGUGGCCGUCAAUGAUGUAUUUUGAUGGGCGUAGCCCAAAACCAAAACAUUGCCCAUUCACACUUAAUCAAGACGAUAUUGAACAAUUCCUCGAGGACCAUUCUGGAAUCCGUGCUUCUGACGCUCCCAAGUCGGAUGCCAUCCCCCCACCUAUAAAUAUGAGCACAAAACCGACACGAAGCCAAGCUCAAUCUGCUCAAUCUCGGCCAGCACGCUCAACCCCUCCGAAUUCUGGAUGUCUUAUUUGUCGAGACUAUUCUGGCCCAGAUCGAGUUGCUGAGCAGCAUCCUCGUCAUUCGCUUCCUCGAACACAUGACGUGACUGGAUAUCUCGCAGAUGUCCUUUGUGGUCCAUUUCCAUCCGCCACUGAUAAAGCAAGAGCUAUCUUUACGUGGUUACAUCAUAACAUUGCCUACGAUACCGCGGCAUUCUUUGGUAACAGGGUUAAGCAUGUCGACCCGAAAGAUACAAUUGCGUCUGGUCUAGCAGUUUGUGGUGGAUAUGCUGGCGUCUUCACUGCGAUAGCCUUGAAAGCCGGGCUGGAAGCCGUCAUGGUGACUGGGCAUGGAAAGGGAUUCGGCUAUUCCCCCAUGCAACCAGGAGAUCCAGUGCCUACUUGUAACCCAACCGGCCAUGCUUGGAAUUCUGUUCGUAUUGAUGGUGGGGAGUGGAAGCUACUCGACCCGUGCUGGGGAGCAGGUAACGUUGGGAAUCAAGUUUACAAUAAGAGCUUUACCCCGAGCUUCUUCACCAUGUCAAACGAAGACUUCGGGUUACGACAUUUCCCACAAGACAGAAAUCAUUUCUUCCGGAGGGAUGGCAUUGUUCCGACUUGGGCGGAAUAUAUGAUCGGUCCUGCUGGCGCGGAAGAAGUUCAAAUCUAUAGCGUCGCGGAAGAUCAUGGCAUUUCCGGAACCUCCUUUACCCCAAGAGCCAAGCGUAUCUCUGUCAACUCUAACGAAGUUAUUCGUUUCCAGUUCUCCAAGCUUUGUGAGCACUGGGACCACAUCAAGAACGGCAAAGGUCCCCAAUACUGCAUGGUCCUCAAAAUCUGCGGCUUGGAUGGCCGCAAAGAUGAUUACGUGCCGUUUGAAAACAAUGAUUUCUGGUGGUGGGCGGACGUCAAGGCUAGGGAUCUGGGGGCGCCGGGACAGGUGGUUAGUUGUUAUGCUGUUACGACUGUUAAUGGGAAGGAUGCGAGGGGUUUGUCAAGCAAGGAGUAUUUGAAGAAGAGGGGCAACUCUGGGUUCGGAUUUGCCGGGAUUGCGGCUUGGGAUUUGGUUCGAUAA